GUUAACUUACUCACAAAAAACCUUGCACUCCAACUCAAGCCACUUUCCCCAAUCUCACUCCUCCGAUUACAUUCACCUUCGAUGAAAUUCAAUCCCUAGAUCUCUCUGUCGGCAGCCAUGGCGGAUCGGUAUACGAAAUGGAUGAAGGAAGAAUUCAAAACAUACGCCUACAUUCUCAUCUACAUCGCUCUCUCCAGCGGCCAGAUAUUCUUCAACAAGUGGGUUUUAUCAUCAAAGGAAAUGAACUUCCCAUAUCCCCUUGGAUUAACGCUGCUUCACAUGGUGUUCUCAUCUGCUCUAUGUUUUUUGGUCACCAAAGUUUUCAAGAUCAUGAAAGUCGAGGAAGGGAUGACUUUGGAUAUAUACAUAUGGUCUGUUGUCCCGAUUGGUGCGAUGUUUGCAAUGACACUUUGGCUUGGGAACACUGCUUACCUCUACAUAUCUGUUGCAUUUGCUCAAAUGUUAAAAGCAAUAAUGCCAGUUGCCGUAUUCAUUCUUGGGGUAUUAGCAGGACUUGAAGUGAUGAAUACUAGGAUGCUUCUGAUAAUGUCAGUUAUCAGUUUCGGGGUACUCGUAGCAUCUUAUGGAGAAAUAAGUAUCAGUUGGAUUGGUGUCGUUUACCAAAUGGGAGGUGUGGUUGGUGAAGCCCUAAGGCUGAUAUUCAUGGAGAUUUUUGUGAAAAGGAAAGGAUUAAAACUAAAUCCUAUUUCCAUGAUGUACUAUGUCAGCCCCUGCAGUGCUGUUUGCUUGUUAAUCCCGUGGAUCUUCCUGGAGAUGCCUAAGAUGGAUGCACGGGGCACAUGGAGCUUCAAACAACCUCUUAUUCUCACACUAAAUUCUCUCUGCACUUUUGCACUCAAUAUUUCGGUUUUUCUCGUCAUUUCACAUACAAGUGCUUUGACCAUUCGUGUGGCUGGUGUUGUCAAGGACUGGGUUGUGGUUCUAGUAUCUGCACUCAUCUUUGCAGAUACAACGUUGACACCUAUCAAUCUCUUUGGUUAUGCUGUUGCAAUUGCCGGGGUAGUAGCGUACAAUAACCACAAGCUGAAGAAAGAAGCUACCCGAGUUUCUCCAGCCGAGCCAGCUGAAGCAGUCCCGCUAGUUUCAACACCAGACUCAAAUAGGUGAGAAACAGGGGAGCAUAUGGUGUUUACGAAGUCAGGUUUUUGGGCACAGCUACGGCCUUCAGUUCUGGAUACAUGUCUGUUGGGAACAACGUAAACUCAGCAUAUCUGUGUAGCUAAACCCGGGGUUUAAUACAGUUAUCAUUGUAUCAUUUAUUUGUUUUUUAGUCUCAAAUCUGUUUUUUUUUUUACAACAUAUUGUAAUCUGACCACGUGUAAAGUAGAGAUAUAUACACAUUCAUUUUGUGUUGUGCAGAAAGGUACAACUGCUUUAAAGAAACUUA